GACUGGCGAAGAUCAUGGAUGUGAGGAGAUACUUAAAGUUACCGCUAUUUGACAGUUUCUACCCUGACUAUUCUGUUAUUAGAAUAAUCUGUUAUUAUAAAAGUCCCAUAUUCUAGCUUUUAAUCCAAUUCAAGACUUUAGCACGAGGAGGUAACGAUUACUUUGUUACUUUCACCAUCACUUCCGCUUCUCUUUGGCGGAAACUGCCAGUUCACUUAACCUAGGUGACAAGCUGUGGUGUGGGUCGGUAGGUAGCAAGUGAGCUGUCGAAGGCCACUUAAAUUGUCUUUAACAUGGUUCAAAACAAAGAGACUGAAAGUGAGCCUCGUAUCUACGGUUUUACCAGAACAGCUUCCGCAGUGCUGACCCACUUUAUCUGCAUCGUCUUCACUGUGUUCAUCGCAAUUCUGUCCCGACCGGGUACCAGUUGGUUUUCCUGGCAUCCCUUCUUUAUGACACUAGCUUUCUCCUUCUUCAUGACAGAAGCCAUACUCCUCUUCUCCCCGUAUGGCUCACCCAUCAAAAGGUUUCCACACAAGACGAAAGGUCGUGUUCACUGGAUCCUGCAGUGCCUCUGUGUGUCCUGUGCAGUCCUGGGUCUGACAGCCAUCUCUUACAACAAACACCUGAAUGGUAAACCCCACUUCACCUCGUGGCACGGUCUGCUGGGCCUGCUCACAGUGUGUGUAGUGGGGCUGCAGUCUUUGGCAGCUGUGCCUCUCAUCUACCACUCUCUGGCCAAAGGCUGGUCCCUGGCCAAACUCAAACGGUACCAUGCAGCGUCUGGACUCGUCACAUACCUGCUGGGCAGUGCCAGCCUACUCCUCGGCCUGAGCUCUGCUUGGUUCACUGCAUCUGUCGGGGAAUACACCUGGUACCUGUCGGCACUCUGUUCUGCUCUCAAUGCCCUCGUCAUAAUGAACCAAGUCAGCAGUGCGUACACGGCUAAAAAACGGUUGCAGUACUGACGAAAGACACAGUAUUGACACUUUAACAACACUCACUGAGUACUUAUGCCAUGUUUGAUUUGCCUCUGAAGGUCUUGUCAUAUCAUUAAGCACAAGUAACAAAUGUGAAUAAUGUAACACUUUUUUCUUGCCUUUUUACAUGGUAUACAAAGUACCAUGGAGUACACUGAGGUCAUGUCUUCUGUAUUUCUUUUCCAGGAAUUUGGGUUGGCUUGACAAUUACACACAUAUUCCACACAUCGGGCUUUAAAGGAAUAAGCCACCGUCUACCCUGGCUGUAGAUAGGUGGGCCAAUGCAUUUUUUUCUCAGUGCAAGUAAUUAGGUUGUUUUUUUUGUCUUUUGUUGGCUCACUUUUACUCACAACAUGUUAACUGGCAACAUAGGAUUCCAUUCACUACGCUAAGCUAACUUGCGGCGGCGCUGCCAGUGUUGCACCAGACUGAAACAAUGCAUGCACAAAAAAUGCGUUGGCCCACCUAUCUACAGCUAGGGGAGACCGUGAUAAGCCCUAUUUCAACAAACGGUGGCGUAUCCCUUUAAGUUGUGAUCAAAUACUUCUAAAAUGAAUAACAUUCUUAUCAGCCUCUGCUCUUCUUUGCAUUUACUGCUAAUUAACAAAUGAUUGCAUGCUAGCAUGCUUAACUAAACUGGUGACCAUGGUAAACAUUAUACCUGCUAAAAAUCAGUAUGUAAGCAUGCUAGCAUUAGCAUUUUACAAAGCAUAUCUGUGCAGCCUCACAGAGCUGCUAGCAUGGCUGUAGACUGUUUUUGACCAAAUGGCUUGAAAUAUGAUUUUAGUCACAGAAAUUCAAUUAAAUAAGAAAUAAAGUGGUUGAAUAUUGUCUACUGGCAUUGCAAACCAUGCAGUGUGAAGGUUUUGACAGAUUUCAGACCAUCAUAUUGGAAGAUCAGAUACAAUUUGCAGAAUACUAGUUAAGUAUAAAAAAUAAAGUUUUCUAGAUGGUUUGAAAGUUUUUUUUUAUUCAUGACCUCAGUAUUUCUAGAAUCCUGCCGUUGGUCCUGAAUAUACUAUAUGUUGAAUUAUUGUAUCUCAGGUUGCUUAUCCUGCCUUUUGACUAUUUAUGCUGCCUUUGAUUACUUUUGUAGCAACAUGUUUGAAUACAACAUAAAUCAUACUAAAGAUAUGUUGUGAAUUAAAAACAUUUGUAAAUGA